GGAGUAAAGAGUAGGAUGGGCAUCGUCAAUGGAAAAAGAUGUUUUCCGAUCUCGGAUGCAAGUAGUGCGCCUCAGUGAGGCACAGUCACAUAUCUGGCCGGGCCCGGCUUGAGCCAGGCACGGCAGCGGUACAUGCUCGAUUUAUAUCUCGCCUUUAACCUUCUCCGUUUAAAGUGAAGAGGCAUCCGUGCAGAACCGCGCUCGCCCUCUUUUCUGCCUGGCUUGCGUCAGCGCAGCGGAGAAAAUCCGUCCAAGAUUGUUGCGCUGAAGCAGCGCUUCGCGGCGGCAUUCGCUCGCGUGCCCUGUCUGAUGCUGCCGCAGCGAACUCUCCCCGUCGCUCUGUUGAUCAGCUCGCGCUGGUGCGCCCCUCCUCCCAGGCUUCCGCUGACGUGGCCCCAGCGUGCCGCCGAACUGCCGCCCCUCUCAGGGCGAGCUGCCUGCUGGGUCGCAGCAGAGCGUGUGCGGCGUGCCCCCCGAGGGCCCAGCCGUCCCUGGCUGGCGCGGGACCGCCGACAGAAACGGGCCCUGGACGACCCCAAGGCUUCCCCGACGACCCCAACGUUCGAAAAAGAGGAGGAGCCCCCUGCCCGCGCCAUGGCCGGCGGCGCUGGUGCGCGACGCGCUGGGGCCCACCAGCGUCCGCCCCGAGGCACAGCUCAGGCGGGCGCACCGGUGUCCGCGUCGGGAGGCAACUGCGAGAGCUCGAAGGUGAUCGUCUUCGAAUUCAGCCAUGAAUACGAGUUGUCGAACUCGAGCACCAAGCGGCCCGGCGCUGGCGCCGUAAAGGUUCCUCCGGUGCUCCGAUCCUUGAUGCGCUCUGGUCCACUCACCUCCACGGUGUCUCCGCCGUCCACCUCGAAGUGGCACUUGAACAUUAUAUCCAUGUACGUCCCCCCCUGGACGGUGAAGCCGUAGGCGGCGAUGUGCCCUGCCUCCAGCCGAAUCCGCCGCUCGUCGCGGGUCCCGGCCGCGAUCUCGACCUCCUUCGCCGCCGAAAGCGAGGCACUUACGACGAGGAGGAGGAGGGGGAAGAGGAGGAGGAGUAGGAAGAGGAGGAGGAGGAGGAGGAGGA